UAAAAUACAACACUUUACCAUGCAUGCAUACAAAAGAGUCAGUUCAAGAUGUCAGAAAUGAGCAUCAACACACACAUUUCAAGAGACUAUUCCUACUAUCACAGAUGGACAUUUCUCUUCCCACUAGUAACACUUCUGGUAGUCCUCGGUCUUUCAGUGCUUGCAAUUGUAAUCUCUGCUCUAUUCAGGAAAGCUCUCAGUAAAUACACUGAAAAAACUUACGAUGAACUACGUCCACAACAUAUCUGUUUGAAAAUUGUUUUCAGUGGACUCCGAGAUAUGAUGCUCCGCACGACAAAGUUCUUACUUUUUGAAUUUGAGUAUGAGAAAGUUGAAAAAAACUCUUACAGGAAAUCAAAGGAAAAGAAGUUUGAGUACCGACUCUAUGGGGUUCCAGUCCACCUGUUUGUACUACAGUAUCUGUUUAUUGUGCUUCUAUCGAUACUCGCUGUUAGCAUAUUAUCACUCUGGAACAUCUUCAUAGCUGAGUCUUCUCUGGAUGAAUGCAGCACACUAUAUGACUGCUUUCCAAUAUUUAGAGAAAACUCAACACCCAUUGAGACCGAUCCGAUAACAGACUGUGAUGACUUCUCCAUCACUGAAAACACUACAGUGCUCUGCUACCGAGUGGUGUACAGGUACUCUGAAGGACUGGGAGAAGCUGGUGGGUUCCUGUUCUCCAUGCAAGUGAUAACAAACGUUCUUAUUUACUUUGUUGUGAGGAUAUUCAGAACAGUGCUCAAGGUUACUAAGAUUGUGAGCCACAGAAACUUAGACGAAAGGCGAGAGCGAACAUUGACUGACAUUGGAAGAAAAUGGCCCUUUCGAGUGUCACGAUUUGCUAAAGUACUGGCUAUGUCAAUUACACUCAUUUUACACCUCAUCGUCCUCAUUUUGUUACCAGUGUGGGUAUUGCAUCAGCGAGAAGACUUUCUAGUCACCAUUAAAAGACCUCAACGAAAACUGCAGCUGGCUUUUUACGCGAACAUCAUAUUUGUACUAUUCCUAGUUCCUCUGAUCGUGGGCACAGGUAUAUACGGCAAAAAGACGUACGAAAAAAUACGAAUAGAGUACAAGGUGAAAGAAACAUUUCCGGAACCGAGGCAAAACCAGAUCGAAAUCCAGAUAGACGAAGAGCCAAAUGCCGAUGUUGAAACAUGCUAUCAAAAUUUCAAUGGAAUAACUACUGAACGAGACAUUAUUGACUGAAACAGACUAAUACAUGAAAUUUAAUGAUUAAUUUUGCUGCAUCCUAAAUCUGUACCGAGUAUUUAUAGAUCACACAUUAUACACUUUCUGUAGAGCUGCACUGUAUACACACCAUACACAAGCGUAGUAUUGCAUAAAAAUUGUACGAAAAUUGAAGUAUACUGAUACUGUAUAUGCAUCACCAAAAA